GAGUGUGAAACCAUCACAAAAGUAGUUAAACAAAAUCUUUAACUAAUAAAAUAAUGUAAAUUGCUGACUCAAUAUAUUUAGUAGGCUGAAAUAUAAACAGCUGCUUUUCUUCAAAAUGUCCUUUCGAUUUAAAGCUACGGAACUGCAACACUUUAAUUGGAUGUUUAACUUGGCGCCUUGUUUUCCUGUUAAUGCCUCAAAAAUAAAAAUUAUAACUGAGCCAGGUAACUUUUAUGAUGUUCUUUGCGAGAGAUUCCGUAAUGCAAAACGUAGGAUAUCGAUGGCUAGCUUAUACAUUGGUACUGGGGAGUUGGAAGAGAACUUAUUGAAGGUAACGGUGAAUAAUGUUAAGGUUACGAAAGAUUUGAAUUUUAACGUGUUACUCGACUACCAGCGAGGUACCCGAGGCAGUGUCAACUCACUAACAUUAUUCCGGCAAUUCACUGAAGGAAUCACAGAUAGAAGCAAUUUAUCAUUGUACCAAACUCCAAGACUUCAGGGUGUUUGGUCUAAAAUCCUCCCUUCUCGUUACAAUGAGAUUGUAGGGCUUCAACACAUGAAGCUUUAUAUUGCCGAUGAUUCAGUAAUACUGAGCGGAGCAAACUGUUCAAAUGAUUAUUUCAACCAACGACAAGACAGAUAUAUAGAGAUUGAAGACAGUGAUUUAGCAAGCUUUUACUGUGAAAUAAUAGAUGAGAUAGUUAAAUAUAGCAAACAAGGUGAUAAAGAUAAUCAAAUUAUAUCUAAAGACAGAAAGUUGAUAGUGAAAGAGCUUAGUCAAAAUAUUACAAACAUAAUUGAGAGAUGGAAGGAAUUACAAUCUACAAAAAUAUCAUCUUUAGACCAAUCAUCAGAAAAAAAUGACACCUGGGUUUUUCCACUGUUGCAAAUGGGAGAGUUCAAUAUAACGCAAGAUGAGCAGGCAACAUGUAGAAUAUUGUCAUCAGUACCAAGAGGCUCGUAUUUUCGUCUUGCGACAGGAUAUUUCAAUUUGACAGAGAACUAUGCUAAAAUAUUACUCAAGGAUUGCAAAGCUAGUAUUAGUCUACUAAUGGCACAUCCAAAUGCGAAUGGGUUCAUGGGUGCAGCAGGUCCAGCGGGCGGCAUUCCACACGCCUACUCUUUAAUAGCACGACAGUUUUGGCAAAAAGUUCUGAGUUAUAAUCAACCAAGUAGAGUGCAGAUGUUGGAAUAUGAACGUGAAGGCUGGACUUUUCAUGCCAAGGGAUUAUGGUACUACCCACCCGGCAGCGGAGUCCCGUGGGCCACCGUGGUGGGGUCUGCCAAUCUAGGCGAGAGGUCCGUGCGCAGGGAUCUAGAGGCGCAAGCUGCUAUAUUUACAUCCUCGCUUGAUUUACAGAAAAGACUACAAGACGAAUGUUCGAGACUGCACGACUACGCGUCUGAAUGCAGCAACGAGUUGCAGCAACGAAGAACACCGAUGUGGGUGCGAGCCACCGUAGGACUGUUUAGAACUUACUUUUAGGAUAAACAUACUAGUCAAAAAUCAGACUGCAACCGGAGCUUCCUCAGGAGAUGUUGACUCUACAACGUGCAUUUGCAAUUGUAGAGUGAUGCUCCGGUUUCGGGGUGAAACGUAUAUAGAGAGUAUUUUGUCGGACCUGGGUGACGUUGUCGCAUGGGUUCGUCGGCUUUUCACGGAUGAUAGCAAAAUAAAUAAAUUAUUAUAUAUUCGAGACCGUUUUGUUUGGAAGUCCAUGCAAGAGGCCUAUGUCCAGCAGUGGACGUCCAUCGGCUGAUAAUGAUGUUGAUGAUGAGGCACUAUAUUCCAACAGAUAAAACAAAAUAAUAAAAGGUUCGUAAUAAAUUCUCAGGGUAGGCAGUGCGUCUAUGCAUAUAUGAAGUGCACGCCAGUGGGUACAAGUUUACUCUACGCAUACCUCUUGACAUUAUCUACACGGCAUCGUACCGGUACGCUAAAUCGCUUGGCGUACCGUCUUUGCCAGGUAAUAACUAGCGACGGCCGAUAUCUAGCACCAGACCAGGGGGCCUAUUAUGUAUCUCGGUGUACCAUCCAAUUGAUGAGUCACUAGAUCGUUUUUCAUCGUAUUUUCGUUUUGUGUUCAGUGAUCAUCUAAAAUAGUUAUUUCAAACGAAAUAACCUUGACUGCAACAUUUUACAUCAAAUUCAAUGAAUCAUAUAGUUUCUACGAUCAUCUAAUAUGAUUAUUUCAACGAAAUUAAGUAAAUACUAGUUUUUCUUUAAAAUAACGUUACUAUUGGCUACUAUCACGAUCAUACUGAUUUUACUUUACGUAAAACGAUAAAUAUGUGAUUUCGUUGAAAACACAAUGUUAAAUAAACACCGAAAAUACGAUGAAAACGAUGUAGUGGCUGAUUGUUUAAAUGGUACACCGAUUUACAUAGUAACCAGUGCUGAGCGUGUGAACCUAUUCAUUGACGGUUUUUUUAAUGUUAGAUUAUUUCUGAGCUCGCAGCUUCGAGCCUGGAGCCCGUGGGUUCGUGGCAUUUUGGUUAUUAAAGGUUAUCGAUUAUUAAUUUGUUAGGUUAUUGAUUAUAAAUUAAUUGUUAAGUUUAAUGUUAUUAUUAUAUACGUUUAAUAUAUUGUGUAAUUACGGUAAUGGGGUCGGUCUAAUCACAGAGUGAUGGUGGUUUGAUGUCUGUCUGCUGCACUAAGGAAUGUGGAUCAUAUUUAAUAUAUAUAAAAUAUAAAGAUGGCAAAUAUUCCUAAAAAUAUACUAUACGGUCAUCUCAAAACGUCUUCAUACUUUUGACAAACAAGAACAAUUGUAUCCAACCAAAGUAACCAGUCAGUAUCACUAAAUAAUAAGAUAAAUUAAGAUUUUAAUAAGAUUUUAGUUUAGUAAAACUGGUAUCAAAAUUGUUGAUAUUUAUUUUUAUUUUAACGAAAUGAAUAAAAUUAUAUUGUUACUUCAAA